AUGGCGCAGGACAAGCCCAAGACAGUCAUCGCCUUUGACCUAUACGGCACUCUGCUGUCGACCGAAUCCAUCGCCAAGGAACUCGCAGAUCUGUACGGCGACAAAGACGAGGCCAAGGACCUGGCGGCGCAGUGGCGAAGGUAUCAACUUGAGUACACGUGGCGCAUCAACAGCAUGGGUAUAUACCGACCGUAUUCCGAUAUUACUCGGGCGGCGCUGAAACACGCCGUCGCGGAGAAGAAGAAGCCGCCUCUCUCAAAGGAGGACGAGGACCGUCUGAUGGAAGCCUAUAACGGCCUCCAAGCCUUCCCAGACAUUGAGGCGGCGAUGCGAAUCGUCGAAGGGGACAAGUCCAUAGACGCCUACGUAUUUUCCAAUGGGACAGAUGACAUGGUCGGCGCCUCUGUUAGGACCUGCCCCGAGAUAGAUACGCGAAACAGCAUUAUCUUUGGUCCCGAGAAGUUGGUGACGGUCGAGGGGGCGCGAUGCUUCAAGCCUGCUCCCGAGACAUACCGGUACUUUGCGGAGAGGGCGCAUAUGACUGGUAGGGAGGGUGAUAUCUGGCUAGUCAGCUCGAAUCCAUUUGACGCGCUUGGGGCGAGGGCGGCCGGUUGGCAAUCUGCUUGGAUCGACCGGACCAGAACGGGGUGGAUCGAUGCGCUGGGCGGCGUUAUUGACACCGAGCCGACGAUUGUUGCCCGAGGGGUUGAUGAAGCUCUAGAGAGAAUCGCGAAUCUCUCAAGGUAA